UUAGUCGGGGUCUCAUUGCGGUCUUUACGGGAAGUGUGAUGCAGGAGUUUCCAUUUCGGAUACGAAAGCUCCGAGUAGCGACGUAAAAGAAGACGAAAACAUGGACCAUGGAUGCCACCAGAAUGGUAUCGGUGAUGGCAACAGACGUGGCAGUGACUACGCGUUCAUGUCAAGCGCUGGCGGAACGGAAGCUGCAGUUCGCCCAUCGGCUGCUCUCGUGCAGUUGCAAAGCCCAUCACUUAACUCUCGACCUUUUGUAUCCAGCGUACACCCCCAGCACAUCGAAUUCUCCUCUCCGCUGGAUGCCGUCUGUGACGAGGAUCGACGCUUCUCAGCGCUCUUUGCGCCUCGAGCUGUCGCACCCUGCGCCUCCAUAGAGUCUCUCGGCUCGUACUCUUCUCCUUCAGCCUCCUCUCUUGGCCUCAACAGGCACGAAACAUUUGGCUCCUAA